CUCCAAAGGCGGUUACAGCACUAAAGGAGGAGAAGAGAUCGGGUGUUACGGAGUCAAGUGCGUACAUCCGAAUGGAGCCCUCCUCAUGGAGUCAGCUGAUCUAGGAUAAUUUAUAAGCUCGCGGGGUCCAAAAGGCGCUUGCUGAAGAUUCCAUCGCGAACGAAGACAACGAUGAUCAAGACGGAGACGGAGACGAAGACGCAGACAAGAAGGUGCGAUCAGCCAAGCGCCAGGCGUCCGCAACAGAUGACGACGAAGCGGAAAUGAUCACAGUCAUAAGGAAGGAGACAGCUCCGGUUGACCCCUACUGCAGCCUGAAAGACACUCAUCGCGUGCACACAUCGACCAGCGAUGAGAUCUAUACCGCCACCUUGAACCAGACUGAUAUCAAGAAGAAUGCCAACAAGGCAUAUUUCAUUCAGCUGCUCGUCCCCGACAGCGGAAAGGACAUUUCUUUUCUGUUCGCCCGGUGGGGAAGGGUGGGCGAAUCGGGCCAGCAGCAGACAAAGGGACCCUUCAGCAAAGCACAGGGCGAAAUCGAAUUUGAGAAACAGUUCAAGAGCAAGACUGGCUUUCACUUCGCGGCUCGUCGAACGGCCGUGCCUAAGCCUGGCAAGUACUAUUGGCUCGACAUUGCACGCGGCGGCGAAAACGACGACGAAAACGGUGUUUGUGGCGAUGAUAAUGACCAACAGGGCGGUCAAAACGAUGACGGCGGCGUAUAUGAUCAAGAUCAGAAAGCCGUCUCUUCGGCAAGCCCCUCACGAGCUCCGACCACCAGCCCAAAGAAGAGGAGGCUCUCGCCGCAGCAGACACCCAGCAAGCUCAGCAGGCCAGUCCAGGAGCUGGCCAAGCUCAUUUUCAACCAAGGCUUGUUCGAUGCCACGCUGGCCGAGAUGAAUUACGAUGCAAAGAAGCAGCCACUGGGGUCGCUUAGCAAGCACACGAUUGAGAAGGGCAUGGAGAAGCUCACGCUGCUUUCCGACGCCAUCAAGCAGGGCACCAUGGACAACAUAGACGCUCUUAGCGACGCCUACUACUCUUUGAUUCCGCACAUCUUUUCGCGCAAGACACGGCCUGUGCCCAUUGAUAACAUGGACAUUGUCAGGAAUGAGCUCGACAUUCUCUCGACGCUUUCUGAAAUGAAGGUCGGCUUCAAGCUCAUGCACAACCUCGACGACUCCAGCACCAAUCGCUUGGACGCACGGAUCGAAGGACUUAAACUCAGUACGCUGGAGCCUCUCGAGAGGUCUACCAACGAGUAUCAGAAGGUGUGCGAGCUUGUUGAGACCACACACGGCAGAACUCAUUCGUGGUUCAACAUCACCGUCGGCGACAUCUUCUCCAUCGAGAGAGAGGGCGAGUCCGAGCACUUUGGAAAACAAGACGGAGACGAAGAUGGGGACCGCCGUCUCCUGUUUCACGGAUCUCGCCUGGCGAAUUACGGGGGCAUAAUGAGCCAGGGUCUUCGCAUCGCGCCUCCUGCCGCGCCUGCCAAUGGGUACGCCUUUGGGCGUGGGAUCUAUCUUGCGGAUGUGGCCUCAAAGAGCGCCCAGUACCUCUACCAUCAUAUCAGCAACAACGAGGGCCUGAUGCUACUCUGCGAGGCCCAGCUCGGCAAGAUUGUGGAAAUGAAGACCCCAAACUACGACGCAGCCGAGGUCGUCAAGGCUCAAGGAGGUCUUUCCACCAAGGGCCUAGGCCGCACCAUCCCUGCCGGCUGGGCCGACGCAGGGGACCACAUUGCGCCUCAUCUCAAGGGUGUCAAGGUGCCCAUUGGAGGUCUCAGGGACGAAGAUGGUGCCGAUACGUAUCUGCAGUACAACGAGUAUAUUGUGUACGACGAAAGCCAAGUCCGCUUUCGCUAUCUCAUGAGGCUCACCAUUUCGUAGAAGCACCUCUCGGGAUCCGGAUUGCAGACUUCAUCAAGGAUACGAAGCCCAUU